UGCAGAGUUGGUCAGGAGCCGGCUUGUGUGGAUCCCCAUCGAGCUUUCAAGGAUGAAGGCUGCCGGGAUCAUCCUGUUAAUGAUGAGUCUUCAUCAGAUCGAAAAAUCUUCUGCUCAGGAGUGUCCGUCCACUCACGAUCUGCUGAACUCGCUGAGGCAGGUGGAGAAGAUGUUGGCGAUACAUGAGACAUCGUACCAGCAGGGCCUGCGCUCCCUCAGGAAGAAGAUCAGUGCUCUUCACAACAGCACUAUGGCCAUCUUUAAAAAUGGAAAGAAUGCAUCCUGUCCCAAACCUGAACCUCCCGCUCAUGGCCGCAGACUAGGCCGAGUUUUUGAUGUCGGACAUGAGGUCCACUUUCUGUGCAAGCCUGGCUAUGAGCUGAUUGGUCCGAGGACCAGAGUAUGCCUGGACUCUCUGAAGUGGAGUGGCCAGCAGCCCAUGUGUAGACCCCUCAACAACACCUCCAACUCCUUGGCUUCAUUCUCUUCAGCUGCUUCCUCCUUCCCUGUCUCUGCUGCCCUGUCAGCGUCCUCUUCCUCCACAUCUUCACCUUCUGCCAACUCCGUUUCAUCACCCACAUCAUUUUCCCCCUCCUCCUCCUCCAUCCGACCCUCUAACUGCACACACUUCUUGGGCUCCACCCGCUGCACCUGUGACGUGGGUUUCACCAUAUCAGGUCGUGACAACAACAUCUGCACAGAUAUCGAUGAGUGUCAUCUUUUCCCCCUCGGUCAGCCCGGCCGACUCUGCAUCCAUCAGUGUGUCAACACACCUGGCAGCUUCCACUGCGUCUGCCCGGCCGGUUACAGCCUGGCCAGAGACGGUCGCAGCUGUACAGACAUCAACGAGUGUGAAAACCAGAUCCACGGCUGCCCAGCAGACCGGCUGUGUGUGAACACCUUUGGAGGUUUCCAGUGUGUGAUGGUGGAGUGUCCCCAAGUGAGAAACGCCACCUACAUCAAGACAUCUGCCAUGCGCUGUGAGAAGAACCCCUGCAUGCUGGGAGACAGAGUGUGCAUCCAAGCUCCAAACUCCAUCUCCUUCCACUACCUGGCUGUGGUUUCCAACAUGUCCGCCCCUCGCGUCCUUUUCCGAGUCUCUGCAGCUCGCGUACUGGGUGACACUUUGCGAUUUGGCCUAGCUGGUGGCCAUGGACGAGGCCAUUUCAGCGUGCAGAGGUCAGGUCGGCAGACCGGCACCCUCCUACUGGUCACACGCGUCACGGGUCCGGCCACACUGGAGGCAGAGGUGGAGAUGAGUGAGCUGGAGCGUAACACUCUGCUGGGCCGCUACCUCACCAAGGUCACUCUGUUUGUUUCUCCAUAUAUGUUUUAGCUGCAGGGAUCGGAGAGAGCUGGGUGGGGGCACAAAGCGUUAAACAUUCCAGCUUUCAGACACCAAAAAGUGCAUUAAACACAAAUGAUCCCUGUUUUUAAAUGAGUGUGCUUUUAGCAGGUCAGUAGUUCAGCUCUAAACUGAACAUUUUUCUACUUUUGCAUUUUUAGUUUAAAACUUUACUUAAUAAUCAUUAAUCAGAGUAACACCUGUAUAAUUAAUGGAAAGGUUUCUAAAACACAACAAAAACUUCCAAAUGUCAUUUACUUCCUUUAAUUCUACACACUGGACCUUUAAGACCGACGAGUACAAAGACGUUAUUUUAGUUUUUCCAUUUAUCAACCUUGACAAUUUCUAACAUUUGGGGAGCCGAGGGUCCUGAUUGUUUGUUUUCCAGAAGAAAAUGUCCUUUCCUGUUGAAUCCCAAUUUUCCUGGUUGUUGUUCGAUUCUCCUCUUCACGAUGCUCCAACCAUUUUCUGUUGCAAGUCAUUCGGAAUAAGAACUGAUGUCACGACCCCCUGCUGAAAUAACCAUGGAAAAGACAUCACGUCUAAAAACUCUGUCUCCACAUCAGCAGCACCUUCAUGCAUAUGAAGUCCUCCAUGGACACAGACGUCCUCCAUUCCAUCACAGCUUCUCUGAUAACAGCUUGGAUGAUCUUUCUCAUCUCUGGAACACAGAAGCAGACGUCCGGUUUUCCCAAAAGCAGCCGGAACAUGGAUUUCUGUCCACAGGGGACACAUGUCCACUGUCUAUCUGAGAUGAGCUGCUGUCCAGAGAGUUCAGUGCUGUUUCUGCUCAGAGUUCAUAUCUGUUUUCUUGCUUGUGUAAUCCAGUUUUAUGUUGUGGAUCUGGGUGGACUGUGCUGAGUGGAACAGGUCUUCCAGAGUCCAUGUGUCUGUACUGAGCAUGUUGUUAUGAUGCUUUCUGUCCUCGUUCUUUCCAGCCUGGGACUUCCUUAGACUCCCGAGUCUAUAAAUAUGGUUCAGAUUAAUUAAAAAAUGACAGACAAACUUUUCUGGAGAUGGUGUUUGUAGAUGAUCUAGAAAAAGAUGGAAACAUCACUGUUAGCUGAGGAUUUGUUGUGAAUGAAGUGAAUCCUGAGCUGUUCUUUGUUGUAGUAUGUUUAAAAUGUGUUGCUAGGAACUUUUUUGUUCAUAUGAGCAUCUCUACGGAUCAUGGAAGCAGUUUAGAUGAGUUUACUAACCGUGAUUUUUCUUAUGAGUUUUAUUUGUGCAGCACUUCCUGAUAGAAUUCCGGCAGUUUUCCCAUUAAAAACUUAGCUGUUUCCUAAGGACGUUAAUCAGCCAGUUCUCUUGAUAUUUUGAUCAGUUUUUCUGACCAUAACAAACACUACAGGCCUGAGAACCUGCUGAAUCAUUACUGGGUUAGAGAUGAUUUUUUUUUUAGCUAUGCAAGAAAUGAAGCUGUGGACUGAACACGAUCCCUGGUAAGGAUUUAGGUGUUAAACUCUGGUCUUGGAGGACCGCCAUCAUGUAGAAUUCAGAUGUUUCCUGCUUCAACACACCUGAAAUUAAAUGGAUCUUCUCAAAAGGUUGUUAA